AUGGCCUUGUUCGCGGCCAUGGGAUAUGCAUGCGGCUCGAUGAUGGGAGCAUCGCACUCGCCAAGUCGAGGCUUGAAAUCGCUAGCUUCUUUCAUGCCGUAUCGGGUUGGUGGUAGCUUGGAGGUGCUGAGGAUCCGGGGCGGAGGAAUCACUCAACUUCAAGCAGAAGAGGUUGUUCGAUGUGACAAUUUACUCGGUGAAGCUCCGAUGUGGCACGAGGAGCAGAAGGCUUUAUACUGGCUUGACAUAAAUGGCAAGAAGAUGUGCAGAUAUCACCCAAACUCUCAAGAUUAUAAGAGUUGGGAUCUACCUGAGGUUGCAGGCAGCUUUGCAUUCACCAAAUCUGGCGGGUUCUUGAUGGGUUUUGCUAGCGGGUUGUCAUGGUACAACCUUGAAACCAGCGAGAGAAGGCUCAUCUGUCCAUACGAAGAGGGGCUCCCAACAAGACCCAACGACGGUAAAUGCGACCGCGAGGGAAACUUUGUGAUUGGUUCAUACAAUAACAACCAUCGUCAAGACAAGAAAAACAUCGCUGGUUUGUGGAGAUUAAAUGCACAGACCCUCGAGCUUGAGGAGAUCCUCGAUUAUCGUUUUCGAUGCUCCAAUACCAUCGCAUUUAGCGCUGAGGGUGACAAGAUGUAUUUUUGUGAUACACCGACGCAGGAGAUCUUCCGAUUUGACUAUUCACCGAAUGAUAAACUCAGAAACAAAGUGUCGUUCUGGAAGAUGUCGGAGGAUGAAAAAGGAGGCCCGGACGGAGCGACUGUUGACAACCAAGGAGGACUAUGGGAGGCACAGGCUGGAAAUUGGAAGGUUGUUCGACACAGACCUGAAGAUGGUGCUGUCGAUUAUGAGAUCAAUCUCCCAUUUAACAACCCAACAUCUUGUGCGAUCGGGGAUGGCGUUCUUUACAUAACUACGGCAAGGCAUCGGCUGAGCGAGGAAGAGCGAAAAGAGCAACCAGGAGCAGGGCAACUCUGGGCAGUAAAACUUCCCGAAGGUGUGUCUGGAGUGCCUGAACCAUGCUUUUUGGCGGAUUGCCCGAUUUGA